AUGUGCGAAGCCCUGAAGACGCAGUACCAGGUAAACGAGGAGAUCGGUCGUGGUCGUUUCGGCACCAUCUUCCGCUGUUACCACCCUCUCUCCAACGAACCCUACGCCUGCAAGGUUAUCGACAAGUCUCUCCUCGCUGAUUCCACCGACCGAGAGUGCCUCCAAAACGAACCCAAAUUCAUGACCCUCCUCUCUCCCCACCCCAACAUCCUCCAAAUCUUCGAUGUCUUCGAGGACGACGAUUAUCUCUCCAUCGUCAUGGACCUCUGCCAGCCCCACACGCUCUUCGAUCGCAUCGUUAACGGCCCAAUCCCCGAGGCUCAGGCGGCCGCCCUCAUCAAGAACCUUCUGGAAGGCGUGGCCCACUGCCACCGCCUCGGCGUGGCCCACCGCGACAUCAAGCCCGACAAUGUUCUGUUCGACUCGGCGGAUAAUCUGAAGCUGGCGGACUUCGGGUCGGCGGCGUGGUUUGGCGACGGAAGGAGCAUGAGUGGCGUGGUGGGGACGCCGUACUACGUGGCGCCGGAGGUUGUGAUGGGAAGGGAGUAUGAUGAGAAAGUUGAUGUGUGGAGCUGUGGUGUUAUUUUGUAUAUAAUGUUGGCAGGGAUUCCUCCUUUUUAUGGAGACUCUGCUGCUGAGAUCUUUGAGGCUGUGGUUAGGGCUAACCUUAGGUUCCCUUCUAGAAUCUUCCGUACUGUCUCCCCCGCCGCCAAGGAUCUCCUCAGAAAGAUGAUCUCCCGAGACCCUUCUAGAAGGUUCUCUGCAGAUCAAGCCUUGAGACACCCUUGGAUCUUGAAUGCGGGUGACACAUCUGAUAUGACUUGA